AUGCUUCAAGGAAAGAUGGCAGAUGGGAUAGCGGUGAAUUUCUAGAGAUUCGAGUUAACUCUCUGGCGCAUAUCUACCAUACUCAUGCAUUUCCUUCAAGUGUGCUAAUUCAAGAGGCACAAGUCAGACCAGGUAUGUUCAUGAAGUGAAACAGCAUGUAUCAAAAGGCGUUUUUUAAGCAUGCAGACUACGUGACAAUUUACCCUUGACGUGCGCGUUUGCUUUUAGCAACCGGUUCCUGUAGUGAUGUAUCAGUUCGCAAAGUAUUGCACAACUCGAUGAAAUCUACUACAUAACUACAGAUUCAUUCAUAGCCCCGUGUAUCAUUUUCAAAACGACCAGAAAUUCUGGGAGUUACGUCUGCAUGGUUUUAGUUUUGCCACGUAGUGGAUCAGCUGAUACAUGCAUUUCCAUGUUCGUGGAUUGUGUGACGAUUGCAUGAGAAAAUUAUGGUUUUCUUGUGCAAGUUCUAACGCAUUAAAACCAAAAUUAAGAAGACACCUGUGAGAAUAUUGCGUCGCUAGGUCUUCUGUUGCUAAGAGGAACUCAGAGUCCUGCGUUUAGUAAUUGGGCAUUGUAUUUAUCCACUGUGAGAAGAAUUAACGCUAAGACUUGAUGGUCUUUAGAGAUUAUAGAAGACCCUCGUUACUUCAAUUAUUUUCUAAAUUUUGUUACUUUAUGUUACUAUACUGUGUAAGUUUUGGUAUUCUUUUAAUCUGUGAUAGGUAGGAAACUUUCCAAGAAAGGUUAGGAAAAUGGUUAAACAACUUUUAUUUCUAAGGAAUCACCUGAAUUGGUACCAUACCAGCAGAGUGUCAAUAAAACCUCUUAAUUUUUUUGGGUUUAAACCAAUCAUGACCAACUUGUGCCACUUUAGUCCCACAGCCAAUAUUACAUCACAGCAAAAAUGAAUUGGACCUAGAACACUUGCUAGACAGAAACUGUUCACUUGACUCUGAUGAUAACUCCUGCUCAGGUUGUCAAAAUAUCAAUCACCACUACCGACAACAGUCCUUCUCAGGACUACACUCACCUGGACGAUCAGACUGUAAUAUCAUAUAUUACCUCUGGGUUCAAACCACUUAUUGAUCUUGCUAUGUUAAAUGAAAAAAACUUUCUCUUUCCCUCAAUUAGGGCUUUUAUGAAUAAUUUAGUAUCAAGAGUGAUGUUAAGUAACAGGAGAAUGUUCUCUGUCUGACUACAAAAUGACACAAGCCAACAAAAUUUGGCUGCAGAAUUCUGAGAAGUAGAGGAUAACUCUCUGAUCUCUUUUAUCAGGCUAUUAAUGUUGGUGCUCAUCACUUUUGGGUUCAUAGCUGUGUAGACUACUCUUCACACUGGUUUGGAUCAGUGUUAUAAUAGGAAGGUAUACUUAACAUGAUAAAAGCACCUAGAAGGUAUACACAGGACUAUAUUGACCUGCUCGAGGGAUUGGUUUGUCAAAGGUAACAUGUAAAGUAAGUUAAAAAUAUUUUUCUUUCUUCUUUUUGGAAGGUGUAUUCUCAGCAUAGUUUUUUGAUCCUCUAAAAAUGGCCACCACCCUGGAUAUUGAAAUAUUUAAGGUUUGUAUCAUCAUAUAUACAUUCAUGUAUUGAAUGCUUUAAAUAUCUUUAAGAGAGGUUAGCUGCUUAACCCUUUAACACCCAAAUCAAAUUUGUUAUUCUCCUUACUGUCAAUCAUACAAUUCUUACAAUGUUAUUUCAAAGAAUUUAGUAUUGUAUCAACUAAUUAUCCCCAAAUUAGUAUUUUUCUUUAUUCUUAUCACAUAUCUGGUUGUUAUUGUAUUGGUAUUGUAAGGAGAAAUUCUGUCUUGGUCACUCAUGGGAGUUAAAGAGUUAAAGAGGUUUAUGUGAUAGCUGACUGGAGCUAAAAAUGUAUGUGCCUGUUCAGAUUACUUGCUGGUCUUGUUCUCAAAUACAGCUGUACCAGACCUCUAUAUUUUAAAAAAAGAAAACAUUUUAUUUCAUUUUCCUCUGUGUGGUAACUUAAUUGAAGAACCAAUUCAGAUAUCAUGGUGCCUGUGAUAACUGUGCCUUGUAGAGCAACCAUGACUGAAAUGAUAUUUGAAAGACUGAAAAAUUCUACAGUGUGUGAAUACUAUGGUUCAUUCUUUUAAUGGUUUAAAAGUUUUCAAACCAUUGUGAUUUUUAUGAUAAGGGAUGCAAGGCUGGAAUAUCAAACUUGUUUGAGAAAUUCAAAACCAACAAAAAAUAGCUAUGGUAAGAAGAGUUCAUUGCAGGUAAAUUUCAGGUAAAGAGAUUUUGAAAACAGCAUGCUUAACAAAAUUUAGGGUUUGAUUGGGUUGUAAACCAUUCCUCUAUGAGAGUAGUUGGGAGCCUCUACCAACUGAUGUACCAAGCCACAAGUUGUGAGCAUCAUGGAAAUUUGAUCUUUUGUAACACAGGUAAUCAACGCAGGGAAUUUCUGGGCUCACCCUGUUGCUGGUUCUAGCAGCGAAUUCCAAGACUUUAUGGGAAAACUGAAUGAUCAUUUUAGAAAGGAUACAAACUCACAAGCUAAUAAUCAGGUGGAGAAGGGUCAGGUAAGUGUGUAUAAAUUGAUGUAUUAUUCAUUGAUGGCUGUCAUGUAAGUUACGGUAUAAUCUGAAAAACAUGUCCCUCUUUUAUAUGUUGCAAAUAAUGAAUGCUUAAAUUGGUUACAUGUACAAUGGAUGUAGUUCAAUGUAAAAUUUCCCUAAGGUAUCCUCUGAAGAUUUUAGGUUAAUUGAUAAACUAAACAUCUUGGGUCUUGAAUUUUAUGAAAAAUUAGCUUGGUUUGUCUGUUGAGAUGAUUAUAAAUCUGAAAUUCAAAGACAACAUUGAAGAACACUCUGAACUAUUAAAAAUGUUCUGAUUAAUGUUUCUCAGUCCAAGAUGUAGAGAAUGAUUAUGCUGAGAUUUUGGUCAUUUUGUGAAUCAUACUGUAAGUGUAGUGACUUGAGAUGUCUUGAAAGGAUUUCAAAAUGUACUUAACUUACGCUCAUGCAAGUGCAAUAAAUUUCAAAACAUCUGCCAUAAUGAUUAUAUUUCCACAAAUCUCAUGCCUUGUGAAUUAUGUUUCUGAACCUAUUUUUUGAUGUACAGAAUGUUGAUGUCUUUCAGCUGGUAAACACUUCGUAAAUGUGCUCAGUUUGUCUUUCUUGCUCAAAUUGUCAUUGGUAGAAGAGUUGUAAACUACUCUCUCUUGCUGUUCAUGUCACAUUGCAGAUGUGUGUGGUAAGACGGACCUCAGAUAACUGCUGGUAUAGGGCAAGAGUUCAAACUGUAUUACAAACACUGACUGGACCGCAAGCAAGGUAAAUUGUUAUUUAACCCUUUAACUCAGAAGAGUGACUAGCAUCUAAUAUUACCCCUGAAUCACACAUUUAAGUCACAAAAAUAAAGAAAAUGAUCGCCAGCCAAAGAAGCUAUUGAUUGUUAAAAAAAUUCUCCUUGUCAACACUUUAGGAAAUUUAUAAAACACUGUAGGGAGAAUAUGUAAACUGAUGUUUGGGUGUAAGGGGUUGAUGAUUAUUGGACGAGCUUAGGCUUGAUGGUGAGAAUUAUCAAGGCAGAGGUUUGUGUUAUCUGCCAAGGCUUACAGUUGAACUCAACCUAAACCUCAAAUGAAAAGGUGGAAACUGUGAAAUGUUGUGUUGGAAAAGUGAGUGUUUUCCUUGUAUUUUAUUUGACUAUGUCCCAUAAAAAAUUAGAGUGCUAUGAUUUUUGUUAUCACAGUGUUUUUCUUGUGGAUAUGGCAGAGAGUACCUUGGUUCCUUGUUGCAGGUAAGAAAGGUUAUUGAAAAGAAUACAAUUCAAUUAUGGGAUUCUCAUUUUUAUGAAGAAUUGUUUCUGUUAUUCAUUCACUCUUAAAACUAGCUCUAUUUUCUCCUCUGUCAUUUAUUUGUCACUAAUUUCUAACUUUAAACUGUGGUUUUGUUGUAUGCUAGAGGGAUAUGAAUACCCUGUAGUUUCCUCAUAAUUUAUAGCAGUGCGUGUAGGCUUCAAAUUGUCAUAUUUAAAAAUAAAGCUGUUCAAAAUGCUAUUUAGUUUUUGCAUCCAUGGUUUCAAGAGAUGUUCUGUCAAUGAUUACAUUGUUCACUUCUGCAGGAUUAGGGAAAUACCAGAGCUAUUUCAGAACAUCCCAUUUCAGGCCAUGGAAUGUUUGUUAGUUGGUGUUCAACCACUUGGUCUUGUUACAUCCUACUUUGAUCUGACUACCUCGAAACAGUAUGUUGCUAGUGAAAAUUGUUGUUACAUUUAUUUAACUCUGUAACUCCCUUGAGUGACCAAAACAGAAUUUCUCCUUACAAUGUCAAUACAAUAUCAAGCUGACAAGCUAUGAGAAUAAAGAACAAUAUCAAUUAGGGGAUUAUUAGUUGAUCCAGUACCAAAUUCUCUGAACUAACAUCACAAGAAUUAUAUGGCAGAUAGUAAGGAGAAUUACGAAUGAGAUCUUAGUAGUUAAGGGUUAACUGAGAUUCUCUCUAUAUUUAUUUAUCAACAAUGUUGAACAAGCCUGGCUUGGUUCAGCUGCAAGCAGGCAUGAACUGGGGACUGCACUGAAGUUAUACUAUCUGUAAAGAGAUUGGAAAACUUCUUUCUAUGAGAUUUUGUCUAUUUCCAACAGUAACAUUAAACAAUUGAUAUGUUCCAAGACCAAGGCAUUACAAAAGGUGCAGCAAUAAUGAAAGACACUGCGGUAACUGUCAGUGACUUGUAAACAUUUUGCUCAAACUGUGGUCAUUUGCAAUAUGCAUAUACUGUAAAUGUACUGAUACUGAUUUGAAAGCCUGUAACAAUUGAAAGUCUUGGAAUCAAGGUAGCUGGAUAGAUGCUAUUCUGAAUGCAUCAGAUAGGAAAGGGCAAGACCUCUGGGGAAAAUGGAACACCAAAAGGUGUUUAAAUUUUUUUUACUGAUUUACCAGCCAUUUGUAUGAUGAUAGAGCUUGGUUGGUGUUGUUGUGCUAUAAUUUGCAGUAUCUUUUAAUGGCUAGGCAAUGCACAAUAUCAUUUCAAUGAACAAAACUGGCAUUUUAAGCCAGUGGUCACAUAUAGUGAUUUGUUUGAAUGUUGGAGAAUUAUCAUUAUCAUAAGUGAUUAGAAUGAUUAAUUAUAUUCUUCAGAGUUACUGAUCACUGGGAUGAAGCUGCUACAAACCUCUUUAAAACCCUCAUACAAGGUAGAUAACUGAAGUUUUUGUGAGUUUACUCAAAUGUGUGAAAAGUUUAGGUAGAAGUGGCUAAUGGACAUAAGCCUGAGAAAUUUGAACAAUUCAAUUCAGCUCAUGUAUUUGAUGUGGUAAGGUAUUUGAAACUCCAAAGAUUGCAAAGCCCAAUUCCUUGUGUACAUACUUGUGUGAGGUUUCAGUGUAAUUCUAGUCUAAUCUUGGUCUUCUUUGUACUCUUUUCACUCAAAGUUUGCUUAAAAGUCAUAUUAAUUAAUUUUAGGAUGUAAGCUUCAAGUUACCAUCCAUAAACAAGAUGAGAAAGGAAAGUAUCAUGUGUUACUAUUGGCUGACUCUGGGUAUGCUCAGGUAAACACAAAACCAUUUUAAUUCAGUGUAAUUACAGUUAUAGUUUUUCUAAAAUCCCUUUUUACUACCUUUUCUGGUUUAAUAAGAUUACAUCUGACAGGCCAUUUAGCUAUGACCUAGCUAUGUUAUGUUCAGAAAAUUGUCAUAGGCCAAAAAGUGUAAUUAAUCUUCUUAAGCUAAAAGAGAAAUGAAAUUUGCGAGGUCAAACUACAAUUGUAAAAUAACCUUUUUAAUGUAUUUGUUGUAAAUUAUCCUAAACAUCUCUAAAACAAAGCUUGUCUUUUGUAUACACCUGAUUGCAAUAACUUGUUGCUAGAAAGCAAAAACAAAAAGAGGAAAAAGCCAAUAGGAAUUUAUUAGGAAGCAUAAAAACUAUUCUCUAACUGUAUGCCCAUCGCCAGUGGAACAACUUUUACAGAAUUUUGUCCAAUGAAAAAUUCUUUGAACUUCUCUCAAGUAUCAGUUGUUGUUCAGAGAUUACAAUUGAUUCCUCAAAUAAUGAAAAAAAAUCCAUUUGCUUAUGUCUUAUACUAAUCAAUUAGAAUUUAGCUUCUUGCUUUUUUUCUGACAUUACUUCAAUUAUAAUUAUGUAAACAAUAUUAAAACCUGCAUUUUUAAUUUCAUGUUUUUCCCUCUAGGUUUGUGUCAAUGAUGAAUUGGUGUUAAAUGGCUUUGCAACAAACUUCUCUGAAGAUUUAGAAAAACCAAGAAUAAAAACAACCAAAGCUGCAAAACUGAAAGCAAUGGGAGAAAAAUUCCAAAAGGAAGGUGAAGAAAUGCUGAAAAAUAUGAAGGAAUAUGUCAGACAUGGUAAUUUCAGCGGAAGUGAAGAAUCAAACAGCACUGAUGAAGAGUCUAUGAGCCAGCGAAGCACUAAUAGGUAUUUGGGGAUAAGGGAAUCUCCUCUGGUUGUGUUAAGACAACAGGUUUUAGGACAUGGAUCAUGUCAGGAAAACAAUAGCUCACUUCAAAAGCCUUUAGCGAGACUUCCAGAAGGUGCGUGCGAGGGCCUUUCAUCUCAGAGACUCUCAGAAGAAAAGACAUUUAGCAGUGAAAAGUCGGAAGAUGAACUAAUGCAUGGAUUUAGAAAACCGGCAGCAGCAUCGAGUGACAAUAAUUCGGGAAGGGUGCGAUUUCUUUCAUCUAGACUGCCAGCAACAGGUAGUGGUAUGAGGGAAGGUUUUCAUCCAAUGUCAUCAAAAUCUCCAGAUGCCGUGAAUCUGAAGCCCAUUCUUAAAAAGAAAAGUGCUCACAGUGGAUCUUCCACUGAGGCAGAUGAAUUUCGUCCGAGAAGACGGGCAGACAGAGACGGUUCAGGUGUUUCCUACUGUGAAAUACCUGAAUUUUCCUCUAAUGGCUCUAAUGGUGAAAUCUUUCUUAAAGAAAUAGAGGAAAAAGAACAGUCCCCCCGAAAUAGUUCAAUAAGUGUAGAUACCUUGUUUAGCCAACACAACGUUAGAUUGCCUUUUGAAAAUUCUAUUUCAACUAAGAAGACAGUUCAGGAAACUGAGUCACUGUCUAAAACUACUGCUGUGGCAAAUAGAAAUGAAGAGGAUCGGCAAAGAUUGCUAUCUUCAAUAAAGACCCUAAAAGAAACCUGUAAGAGAGACUGCGGGUCAACUUUAGAUCCCUCUACAGAUUUAGUACAAAUAUGUGAGCCUCCAACGACUAAAAGCAGCUCAGAAAUUGCAUGUCGCUCUGAACAUUCUCCAAUACAAUCCUCAACAAGCUUACAUGUGGUUGAAGGGAGAAAUUUAAGUGAAAAAUCUACACAAUUGUCUCAACUGUUGCAGACUUCUUGUGGUUUUUUUGAAAAGUCUCCUCUUCCUUCAGAAAUACUAUUACCCACACAGAAGUCAGCUUCACCUGUACAACGCACCACAAGUGGAAAAAAGUUAUUAUAUUCUGAUGGUGUUAUUGUUUGCUCAGAGGGUGCACCUGCUCCAAAGCCAGUCUUUUCACCAGAGUUUUGCCCAUUUCCUCAUUAUUUGCUUCGGCUUGGUAUUUUGAACCCUAGCUUACUUCAGGCACAUGCUUGGCCUGCUCUUCUGAGAGGACGUGACCUUGUAGGCAUUUGCCAAGCAAAUGAUGCACAAAUACAUGCGUACUUACUGCCAAUUAUUUAUCAGUUGGUAGAAGAAAGGGAAAUUUAUGCGGAUCUACCAAAGUUUUCAAGUGGGGUAAGUUUGCUGGGUGGUGGUGGGGUGUUGUUGUACCUAAAUUCAAAGUGACAGGGGAAAUGUAAUGGAACUUUAUUGUACAGCCGCCGCUUUGAGUCCUCAGAGAUACAAAGCUUUAGUUUUGUAUAUCUUUUUUUGGGAGGUUAGACAUGCAAGAACAAAGUUCAUUAUUCUUGGGUAUUCUACCUCACCGCUAAAGGACUAAAGGAAUCCUUGGAGUUGCAGUGUGUAGAAGUCAAGCUCAGGAAAAAUCAUUUUCAAAUUCAAAAUUCCUAGUAAAUUUCAAUGAAUAGACCUUUUCUUGCCAACUGUACGGAUCAAGCAUCUUGUCUGGUAAAAACAGAAGACGGUAUCUACUGUGUAGUUUGCUGUUGAUAGUAAAAGGGCUCCGUUUGUCUUUAAAAUUUCACGUUCUUGCUACAUGUGAAUGCAGCUAUCAUGCUAUAUUGUGCCCCUAGCUAACCUUUAAAUCUCGCUUUUCAUUCAACUAAUUUAUUCUUGUUUCUCAUCACCAUGUUCUUAUCAAUAGCUUAGCUCCAUUUUCUGCAUAUAAACACACACAACCCACAAUUCCUCCAUUCGCUCUGACCUCGAAAUGUCAACUUUGAAACUCUUCAUGGUGGCCAACUCACGUUAUCAACUCAGUUGAUAACACCAAAUAUCCCUGUUAUACUCUCCCACUGACACAGCAUCACAGAAACUGACCCCCUUUAGUCAUAUAUAAUCUUAUCUGAUAUGUGAUCUUUAUAUUGUUGUGAAUUUCGCUUUGUAUUUUUCUUUCCAGCCGCAGUUUCUUAUCCUUGCUUCAACAUGGGGAGCUGUUGUUGAUAUCUUCAGGCAAUGCAGGCUUAUUCUAGCUAAAAACAGGAACAUUCGUGUGCAGCUGAUAUUUGCUGCUGGUGCAGAGGAGAAUCAGAUUAUACCACUAGUGAAUGGCUGUGAGAUCCUGAUUGCUACACCACCUUGCUUCCUUCGAAUGCUCAGGAAAUGUUAUAUAUCCCUUGAUCGACUCUGUCACUUGGUAUUUCAUGACGCGGACAUAAUGGUGGAGGACUUCACAUCUGAGAUCAAAUGCAUCAUGAGACACUACGCCAAGCUUUUGAAAUCCCAACCCUGUCGUUCAGCACCACGCCAGGCAGUUGUCAUGGCUUCGUCUUGGAGUGUGGGUAUAGCAUCACUGGUGAAGGCAUAUCUUGGGAAUCCUGUGGUGUUGAUUCCUGACAUGAUUGAAGCAGCUAUCUACAGGGGUGUGCAACAAAUUGUAACAUUUUGCUCCGAGAGCCAGAGGGAUGUGGAACUUCUUGGUAAGGGUAUUUAAAAUUCAUAGUGUUCUGGAUAGGAUUUUAAGCACAUAUAGGCUUGCUUAACCGGAAGUAGAUAACAAAUAACGAAGAUAGAAACAGCAAGUGAAGUCAAAACAUAUAGUUUACAAGCAGCUGUCUUGUGGAAAGUGGGAAUGAUCAAACCUUUUGUCUGUUUCUACAUGUAUUUAGAACCUUGGAAAUAUCUCGCAAGUUUUCUAUUUUUUCAUUUCAUUUCAUUUCCAUUUUUGUGUAAGGAUUUAAAUCUUUCUUUAACGUUUUCUUUCCCAUAUUAGGUUACCUGGAAUCGUUUAUUAGCACAAAAGACAUUUGUGUUUUCACUUCCACGGCAGCGGAAGCAGAGAACGUUGGACAAAUCCUGAAUGCAAACUGUUAUUUUGCUCUUGUGGCACACAAUUUUCUACCACCUCAUGAACUUGACAAUAUUCAGAGACAGUGGAACACUCCUCACACCACUGAUACUAUGCCAGUUCUAGGUAUGCCAUAAUGUCUUCAAAACUCUCAGUGGAAAGGCCGUUCCACAGAAUCUUAUGUUUCCCAUAAGUUCCCCUUGUGUUGAAGUGAGUUUGACAAUUUGGCAAAAGCUGAAAAAAAAAAAGAGAAAAGAAAAUGAAAGAAAUGACUAAGGAGGCCUGCUUUAAAGACUUUGCAGUUCUGAAAUUGUGUAUCAUCUGUAUCCCUUUUUUCCCUGAAGUUUUUUCUAUCGGAAUUACUAGAUGUGUUCUUGAAUAAAGCAUUUUGUAGGGUCAGAUUAUUGAUGCAUCUAUGCAUAUAGUUAUAUAGUUUAAUCUAGAUUUUAAUUUUCAUUUUGGCGAAAAGAUGACCAAUGCAAUCACAGUUUAAUAUAUAAUUUUAAUAAUAAAAUUCAGUUAUAGCGGAAGACGUUAUUGGUCAGAUGAACAUCACAAAUGCCUCAUGUGUAAUACACUUCAACUUUCCUGGUUCAAAGACACGAUUUAGCAAAAGACUCUCCACUCUAGCUGGGACUUUUACAUCAUCUGAAGUAAGACACUCUUCACUUCUUUUCUAAAAUUCAUUGAGGUAGUCCUAACUUUUUAACAUCCUUUCUACAAAGUUUAUGAUUCCGGAGCGUAUGAGAUCUUGCUGUCACGUGAGUAAUUCCCACUCUGUUCCCACAAAAGUAAUUUUUGUUUAUCUAAUCUUUCAGCUAAUUUAUUAAUACUUCAUUGACCAAACUUGUUUGGUUCGGCUGAUUCGGUAUUAACCUUUGUUUUUCAAAGUUUAUAACAACAGAAAAAAAGGAAAAAGGGGGAACUUGUCUUACGUAUAUGAAUUACUACUUGAGGCAUGAACAGUGAAUUUUACAGGGAUCAACCAACCAAUAACAUGCCACUAGCCCACAAGGACAAUCAUAUAUUCAUUUUCUUUCUUUGUGAAUUUGAUUUUCUGAAGGAGCAUGGCUGUGUCUCUGUUAUUUUUGUGACUGAUGGCCGAAAUAUGUAUCACGCUCCUUCCAUACGUCAGCUUGUACAGAGAUCAGGUCAGGAAGUUCCACAACUACUUGAUGCAAUGGCCGACCUUGCAAAACAGGCAAGUCUUUGAAAUAAAAUUGGAGUAUAGUUAUUUCAAUUUUAACAGACGAAACUGGGAGGCUGCUCUUAAAAUUUACAGAACAAAGUAGUGAAAUCCUCCUAGAUGUUUUAAUUUACUCUCUCUGCAGGAAAAAGAAAAGGUUAAGGAGUUGUGUUAUUCUCUGAAAGCUUUUGGAACUUGCAGGUAAUUUAUAAUGCCUUAUCGUGGAGUAAACCCAUAGGGCGUGUUAUUUAAACAAAGUGUAACUGUUGUUUAACAAGACAGCCUCCUAAGCUAUUCUAAUUUAGCUGAAACUUCCAUCUAAACAUUUAUUUUUAUGAGCAGUGUGAAGAGGACCGAAAAUUAAUUGUGGAAGUAAGACAUUUGUUUGGUUAAAUUAACCCUCUUAUAGAGAAUCCCCAAGACCCACUAAUUACGUAAAACUGUGGUUUAGGUUAGGCCUCGUGUAAAUAACCGGCCCACAGUCAGUAAAAAACUGUCUGGUCAUUGUGUUGUGUUUGUUAAGCCUGAAAUACUCGGGCUCACGCAUGGGCUUUAGAACCUCGACGACGACUUGUGGACUGAAUUCAAACAACCCCGAGUUAUAAACUCAGGCCUCCCAUGGAGCACCUGGGUAAUGAUAAUAAUUUUUCCUUAUAUUUAGAUACCAAAGGGGAACGAGAAACUGUUUGCAGAGACACUCAGUGUUGGCAGAGUUGGAUAAACCAGCAAAAGGAAUUCCUACAUCUGGCAUAGUUAAGGUAAGCUUCAGAAGGAAGUUCGUGUAAUUCUAUUUAUUAUGUAUCUUGCCCUUUUGCAGGCAAAAUGAGUUUCACUUUUGUUCCAAUUGGUCCCCCUUGCGGCAAAAGUGAGUCGUUCUUACUAGUCGAGAUUACUUGCUUUGUUUAGCAAAUACAACUAAUCACUCACCUCCUACAUACUGAAUCUGUGUAUGGCCUGGCUCGUUAGCGAUUUCUUGUCGCUCAGUUAAUGUAGCAUCCUAAAACAAAACCGGAACUGGCAGGAUUCUAAAUUCUUAUGGGGAAACCCUGAGUUUUUUUCCCUCUAGCCCUAGAUUGUUACAAUUUUUUUCGCAUCUACCUUUAAAAAGAACAUUUCAUGACUUACUCUAGAUACUGAUUACGAGUGUAAUGGAUGCAACUUGUUACUGGGUGCGAAUCCUUGAGCACAAACCCUCCGAUGCAAAUCCGCUGAACAGUCGAACUGUAGACUGCACAGAGUUCCUGGAAUUAACAAUGGCAGUCAGUCGAUGGUACGCUGAUUCAAAUCAUCGGGUUAAGCAAGAGUUGGUUUCUAUUGGUGACCUGUGUGCUGUGAAGCUAAUUAACAGCAGUUCCUACAAUAGGUAAACCACUAGAGAUAUGGCAAUCAUUGUAGAUUGAAACACUUCAGCUUUGACAUGAACUUACAUCCGCAUAAUAAUCUAGUACUAUCAACUGAGUUGAUAGUGUAAGCUGACCACCGUAAAGAGUUUCUUUUCUUUCUUUUUCUCUUAACGGUGGCCACUUUACGUUAUCAGCCCAGUUGAUAAUACUGAAUUACCCUGUUAUACUCCCACUGACACAGCACCACAGCUCUUUAGAAACUUACCCCUUUUACUUGCAUCAGAUGCUCGAAUCUAAUCCUUUGAAGCUAUACUAUUGUGUCUCCAGGGUGAAAGUGUGCUAUGUAACUAAGGAAGAUCACAGUAAAAAGCCAGCGGAAGUGCGGGUAAGAAUGUCUUGGUUUAUUUUACUGUUAGUUACUUGGUGCAUGGAUAGCGAAGGGAGGAACGUUACGAGCAUGAAGAGCAACGUGAUGAGCAUGAAAAAAGACUUCGCAUUCCUUCUUUUGCGCGUUACAGCAUGGAACCAAACGUUUCCCUCUAGAUAAAAAAAGAUGUAUCUCGCUUGUUCACGAGCGCGGGACAAAGAACAAUUCUGAGUCUCAAUUAGGAAUCAAACCUCAGUCCUUCGGAUUCCGUUAGCAGGCGGCCUACAUCGGGUACCACUGAGCCACAGGGACUCUGCGGUUAGCUAGGCCACCACUCAGUUCACAUGUUCACUAGGUGUUUAUAUCUUUAUUCGUAGGUUCAAUAUGUUGACAGGGGAAAUUUUGAAUGCGUUCAUGUGGACAGACUUCUGCAGUUGCCUCCCCAAUUUCACUCCUGUCCCUUCCAGGUAUGUUUCAUCAAGAAAUUAUAAAACCUAUUUUCCUGGGUUUUAUAAUGAGAAAAAAACGCUUCUGUUGUUGGCAGAGUACGAGAAUGGUCUUUAAAUCACAAGCUGUAAGGCUAGUGAUCUACAUUAACAAGCUUUUCGUCAUUUUUUUUUCCGCUUAACUCGUACAACUUAAGUCCCUUUGAAGAGUUUGUUCACCUUCAUAGAUAACAUUGCUCAGUGUAGCUAGACACAUUUAAUGGCUAAGUAAGUGUAGGUUUGACCGGUUACGCGUCACCUUUUGAACCUUUAUAUUACGCCGUGAUUGGUGCUUUUCGACCUUCACUGUUCUGGUGAUGCGGUCCUUCAGCGAUGCGCUGUCGCUAAUUUGUUGUUGUGUUUACUGUAUCGUAGUCGCCAAUUCUUCAAGAACUUCUUUUCUAUUGUUCCUUUUGAUUCGAAAUUUCGUCGGCAGUGCGCAUUUAGAAAGUCGCGAUCAAGACCGGAUCAGACCACAUAAUCCAGCAAAUAUUAAAAUUUUUUCACUUAUUUCACCACGAUGAAUACCAACGAGCAUUAGUGUUACUUCAACUCUGUUCUGUAUUAUGUUUUUUAGGCAGUUGAGGUGUUCGUGUGCAGAUUACAACCUUUGGAUAAAGACACUGACUGGACUGACGAGGUAAAGGUUAAGAAUUCGGAAAUUAUCACUGAAUUAUUUGACUUUGAAAUCGCUCAAUUUGUUGACAAAGAGUUAUUUGGGAUACCUUGUGAUAAACUUCUCGGUGAUCGCGUUCUUUUGAUUCAAUCCAACACACUCUAGUAAGAGUUUCUGAAUGUCAAAAAUAAACAACUCAACUGAUUUUUGAUAUGUCUGUUUAAAAGAUUGAUUUCUCUUCGCUUUUAUUUACAACAGACGGCAGCAUAUAUCACACGUCUCAUUGAAGGCAAGGAAAUGGAAGGAAAAGUUGUUUUGAGGUGAGGUUCUUUUUCGACUGGGAAGACGCAUUCAUUGAAAUUACAGGCAGACAAUAAUCGAAAAUAACGUGAAGUUUAUGGAAGUUCUCCUCCCCCCCACCCCCAAAGGAAAAAAUUUUGAUGAUCAGAUUGGGCGAUUUUUUUACGUGAAUGGAGCCUCGCAGCAAAGUCACAGGGCGCAAAAAAACGCAAAGUGUGCCUGUAUCAAUGAAAAGGUGAAUCGCUCGCCCAGUGACUUAUUGUUCUCACUUUGGUCUUGCAGCUUAGGCAACACGAUGUGGCUGGAUCCUUUGGUCGAGAGGAAAUAUCUUCCCAACAUCAAUGUUACGACCAAUGCGUUGAAUGUUAGGAUGGAACUGUUGAGGGAAAAACGUGCAGCUGAAAACAAACAGGUAAGAGGUUUCUCCGCUUUAACGCUUGUCUGAACAAUAGUGGGGAAUUUUAUUAGUUUGGUACAAUAUUCCAUCCAGAGUAGCCUACGUCGGACAGAUGAGAAAACGCGACCCUCUCUCCUUGACAGUUGAAUUAACUGACCUCUCUAAUCCGGAUAAAUUGUCGGCUGGUCAUACUGGCCCAGUUUGAAAACUUUAAUUUUUCUUCAACGCUUAGACCUAACUUACACAGUACUGCAAACCGAAAACAGAGCUUUCUGAAAACGUGAACUUGACUACUCUUUGUAUUUUGAGACAUUUCAGUUAGGCCCUUCUUUUGCGCACGCUCAAAUGCUCUCUAGCGAUAUAUUGUUGUGAUUGUUGCGCUUUCAACUUUUUCCGACGAGACAUGAACGAACCACAUUUUAUCCGUUGCGAUUUAUCAGUGUGAUUGGGGUCUGAAAUGAAGUUUUUUAUUUCCAUAACUCUUUUAAAAGCACGUGAGCUUGCUGAGAAACCUUUGUCAGGGGGUCAUAGUUUUACAGCCUCUGGAAGGAGGACAAACUCGUGUUUCGGAUGUCAGGUAAGGAUUAAUCCUUCCCUGUUACUCAGGGGUAAAAACAUGAAAACGCAAGACCGCCUUAGCCUCUUUCCACACUCAGUUUUGGGUUUUUUUCCAGUUGUUUAUCCGAUAAAAUUUCCCAUGUUAACUCUCGCUUUGGACGAAAUUGAUGGCUCUGUUAAUAAAAAUGUGAGAGCUUUUUUUGUUGCUGUUCUUGUUGUUUUUUCUUUUUCCAAUGAUUUGAGUUAAUAUUGUGUCUGAACAGUGCCUCAGUGAUGAAAAGAUUGAAUGAAAUAAUGCUGAGUAGUUGCGAGUCAGUUUGUGAACAUGCAGGCUUUUGAGAGGAGAGCGACAACCCUCUAGUGAAGGCUUAUCCACAUGUUAUCACAUCUUGCCAUAUUCUACAAUCGUUUAUACCGCUUGAGAUCUGUGUACAUGGUGUCUUAUUUCAGUGAACAGUUGCCUGCUCUGGAAACAAGCGUGCUACCUGAGGAAGGAUUCCACUCUGUGUAUGUGUCUGCUGUGGAAAAUCCAGGACUUUUUUUUGUCCAGCUGAAGUCUUCAGAAGAAAGGUUGGUAAUUUGUAAACCCACAUCUCUCUCUACUUUCCAGGUUUUUUUUUUCGGCGAAUACAUGAGGUAAAAUUUUCCCCGCAUUUUAACUUGUAGGAUUUGACGAUUUUUUUUUUUGUUAUUUUGCUGUUAUUGUUGUAGUCAGUUCUUUUUUGCCCAUUUGUGGGAUUGAAAAAAAUUCGCUAAAAAGUUAAGAAUUGAAAUCCCCUUCUGAUUUUCAUGCUUCACAUUAAAUGUUCACUCAUCCACCGCUGCAGCACAAGUUUCUUUCAAAUACAGGCUUUUGUUCUUCUAUAUCAGUCCGUUUCUCGGGUAUUUUACCUUCUAUAAGUGCAAACAGCAAAAUUUGAACUUCGUUUUGUCGCUUUCAGCCAAUUGAAAAUAAUUCCAAGAGAUAGUUUGCUUAAACUGACUAAAUACUUCGUGAGACGACACAGCGUGCGGACGAGUCGACGUUAAACUACUCCGUAGCAUCAAGCCUAAUACUUAACGCAUUAUCUGAUGUUAAUUUUUGUAGCUUAGAGGACCUGAAGCAAAAGAUUAACUCUGGAGUCAACAAAGUUGAAUCGGAGGAGAACGAGAUCCCAAUUGGCUCGCUCUGUGUUGCAAAGUUUUCCGAAGAUGACCUGUAAGUUACUUUACCACGCUCUAAACAGUGCGUCUUUUACCAAAAAAGUAUCUGUUAUUAAAAUCUCAUCGUUGGUAUUUUAUUUUCGAGCAGGUUCAGUAUAUCAUUGUUCUGACGAUUAAUUUUGAUUCGAAUUUACUUGAAUUUCUUGGUGAUAAAAACUGUUAUCUUACUUUAUCUUACGGACAGGAUUAUUUUUUCCCUUGAAAAAUUAAAUUUUUGUCGCCUUUUUCGUAUUUUUUACUUUGGACGGACAAGUACUUCAAACUUUCUUUCCUUCCACUCCAUUCCCCAGGCGGUUUUAGUGUGCCUUUUCUCUUGGCCACCAACGCCUCUAAGUAAAAUCUUUUCCAGUCCUUUAUCUCGUGACUACAAAAUUUCCCGCUAAGCAUUUUGCUUUAGGAAGAUAUCUAGCUUAAAGGGAGUGCAACUGCGAACUACUGUGUUAUUAACCGUUCCCUUUGUAGAAACGGUAUAACCACAAAUUUAGCAACACAGGUAUCCAUACAGUACUGUUAAUUUUUCCUCUCCUCUAGUUGGUACCGGGCGCGUGUCCUGGGCAGCAGGCCAGAUAAAGAGUAUGAUGUAUUUUAUGUGGACUUUGGUGACAGAGAGUGGGUAACAGCGGACAGGAUUGUUCCAGCUUGGAAUGACAUCCUUCAGCUGCCCCUCCAGGCUGUUGAGUGCUCGCUUGUCCACGUCGAACCUCUUGGUAAGUUAUUUAAGUGUACUCAUCUAAGGAGCUUUAAACGUGGCAAGCACGUGGCAAGCACGUGGCAAGCACGUGGCAAGCACGUGGCAAGCACGUGGCAAGCACGUGGCACGUGGCAAGCACGUGGCAAGCACGUGGCAAGCACGUGGCAAGCACGUGGCAAGCACGUGGCAAACAAGCUAUGGAAAUACGCCACAGGAAUAGAAAGUGGUAACGUCUAAAAAGAGUAUUCACUCUGCAAUGUUGGCUCGGCGCACCAACAUGGUCUUCUUGUGAUUGUUUUGGUACGAUGCGAGGCUCUGUCGGAUCUAAUCACGUGAAAACGCUCCAUUGUCGUACUUAAUAAAGAUGCAACGGUCAUCGUUUUUAAGAAAGUCAAAGAGAUCUAUCAAUGAGCGACCUGAGAUGUACAAAAACUUUGUAGGGCCAAGGAUAGCCUGGAUAGCCUUUCAAUGUUUUUUGUUUUAACUAAUUGUGGUUCUUUUUACAGAGAAAGAAUGGAGCGAUGAGAGCAGCGACGCUUUCUGGGAAAUGGUGACUGAUCAGUUACUAUUCGCAAAGGUACUGAUGUGUUCUGAGCACGUGUCCUGAAUGUUGUUCUCAGUCGUUGUUGCAUCAGAUUGGUAAAGUGCAAAGCGCAGCUCAAUUGGUAUAGUAGUGAUUUUUAAAGUACAAUUGCUCAAGCACUGUAGUGAAAUUUGCUCGUCGGGCCGGCUUACUUGGAAAACAUUAACCACUGAAUGGAUUUGAGACUUUUUGUGGAAAUAAAUGCAAUCACUCCAUCUAACGUGUAAAGUAAAUUUUUACUUUUUAUUAAGAGACUAGUUUUGCACCUCUAAUUUCAACUUGUUAGUUUAGUUCUAGCCUUGAUUGAUUAUCCGAAUCUAUUUUAAUCGAUUUUCGCACAUAGCCUGUUUCAGUUCCCUGCUUGUUCUUAGAGGGGCUAUUUUUCUUCAGAAUGACAAAUACCUGGACAAAUUUUUGGUUAGUUUACCCUAGUCCCUCAAGUAGCGAGACAAUGAACAGAUAUCAAUCUUGAUUUUUGAAACUCAUCGUCAGCCUUAUCACUGUUUCCGCUUCAGGUGAAAUCUAAGAGUGCGUCUCUGGUGGCUGGAUGCCACAGAUUUGCAAUUGAACUCUACAACACUAACACAGAACAUGACGUCAUUAUCAGCCACGAGAUGGUUGCAACGGGGCAUGCGCAGACGUCUGCUGAAGGAUUUAAGGUCUGUCCUUAAAAAAAUUUUUCUAUGUAAGAGAUCUGAAUCGCCUUUAGUGGCUCUGUUUGCAUGUUGAUUCACUCUUUGGAGUACGCGCAAAUCGUUAUACUUGCUUUGCUUAAUACAGUAGUCUGUUCUUAGAAAUACCAUAAUCUCUAAAGGCGUGCUAAAUCGCAAUAAUUGAAUUUAAUUUUGGUGCCGUGCAGAGGCGCUUCAUCUUCAGGGAAACCUCGAAAUGUUGAUGCUGACUGAAGACCAAUGAGGUCCUGAGAAGGAAUUGUAAAUGCAAGCUUGCAAACUUUAGGUUUAAUCAUUCGAGAUGUACUUGAUGUAAUUCAGUUCUUUGACUCUAAUUUUUAAUAUAAUUCCUCAAGUGAUUAUAGAGAUGUGCGCACUCUGAUUGGUCGAGGAUUGCGUCAUAUGUCGUGAUUUAGCAUUUCAACAGUGGUUCAACGUCGUCGGUACUUUUAUCAACCACGAUAUUUGCUAUUACAGUGGCAUAGCUGAGAGAGUCCGCAACAAAACGCUGUCGAUUUGUUUUUUACCACAACUGAUAUCGACGUCAAAUAAAACGAUUCUUUCAGUGUGUGAUCAAGGUUAUGACAUGUUGACGCGAGAAACGUUGUCUGUACUCUCAUCCACAUCGGGAAAUUGUGGUUAAAAAUCACCUCGCGCGAGAUGAUUAUGGCUGGGGCGCUUAAGAUCAAAUUGGCUACCUCGCGUUUUGUCAAUGUUUCCGAGGCAGUGAUAACGCAUCAGUAGAAAAUUCUAUGGCGAAGAGCACAAAAAAUGUCACCGCGUUUGGUGGAACGCUUUUCUGAAGAAAGAUGUGAAAUUUUUGCUGAUUGAAAUAACUAAACCAGUACUCAAACUCCUUGCCCAUCACGAUACUAGUAAUCACCACAAUUGUCACAAAAUAUACGCAAUGCUUUCUUUAUUUACAGAGUUUACAACAGAAUUCGAAAGCACCUGAGCAACUAUACUCAAACAACUAUUCACUUAAGGCUCAAUGAACAUUCCUGAAUAAUUUCUUCUGCUUUGUCUGGGGGAUUAUUCAACAAUAUCCACUUCGCUUUCGGCGAAGCAUUUUUAAAUAACUUACUUUAUUGCUGUUUUUGUUGUUUUACCUUAUUUAGUUUAUUUUAAUCUAGAGAGACAGCGCAAUAUACACAGCUAUUUUUCUUCUCUUUUGAGUGGGUGUUUUUUUUCCUCAAACAGAUUUUAUUCCCGCACUCUUUUAUUUCUAGUGAGCAACACAAUUACAAAGUAAGUAGAGAAAGUGUUGAUAAAGGUUAUCUGAUCACAUGAAUCUUUUUUUCUUUUUGGAACUCUCUACUUUACUUUUUGGUUUUAAAGGUUACGUGCUGCGCUAAUUUCUCGAUCCGUCCAUUUUAAAUCGUAGUUUUCAUACCAAAGGAUACCAGAUAUGUGCUUACAAGCCCAUCGGUGUUUGGUGAGUAUCAGGGUUGAUUGAUUUUGUUCUAUGAGUUUCAACCCUUCUAUUAAUCUCGAUAAUUUUUGCUGAUUUUCGUCACUGAUUAAUUCAAGAAUCCCCGUGCAAUUCAUUAUGUUGUGUCUUCAUAUUUCAUCGUAUUUUGUCAUAAAUAAAUCAGACACACUGUGAUUGUCAUCAGUUAUGCUCCUUGGGACAUUUUUCUUUUGCCUUAUUGAAGUAUUUUUCUCCAUCAUGCAUCAACCGAUAAUUAUCUUCAACGUGUUGUUUUAUUUAUGAGAUAGGAAGCGCUUCGAAUUUUAUUUAGACUUGUUUUUUUUUUCCACAACGUUUUCCAAACACCAUACGUCACCAGCUGCUUUUUCGUUCCUUAUAAUAUCGGAAAGUUCUUCUAAGAUAUGAAAACGUUAUGCAUUAAAAGAUUUUGACAACGUAGCACAAACUGAAUAAAAACGUUAUGAUGUAGGUGAGUUCAGCCAUGAGUUCAUUGCUAUCAAUGGACCGAUAAUUCUUUCGUUUUGACGGAUAUGCACCUGGUCAUCUCAAACCCUGCCGUGCUCAAUUGUUUUUCAUCUGUGAUGAGUCGUUCCUCGUUUUUAUGAAAUUAGUGGUAGAUGGUGUUUUGCACGUUCCUAAUCGUCCUUGGCAAGGCGUUCGUGUUUCCGUUGAAUGUACCAUACUAAAUGUUAUUAGAAACUUUGCGAGCUGCUUCCUUACCUUUAUCCAUCGCGCUUCUUAACUUUUAAAACGUUGAAGAUAUUGGUCAUAAGAAACUAAGUAGACUGUGAAUCGUUCACGUCUUGGUCGAGGUAUCCAUGUACCACACUCAUUAGACUCGCGCUCGCUAUCAAUUGAAGGUUGUUGAGGGGCUCUUCACGGCGGUUUGUGUGUCUAUCUGUUUUCACCUGGCAAGCCUGUUUAGGUGUCUUGGACAUCGUUCCCUCUCGAUUACUAUUUCACCGGAUGUUUCGUGUUACAACCCUGAAAUCCGGUUUGAGGAAGCUAUACACGAUGGGAUUUACCAAUGAGGUAAUGGCUAUUGUAUAUAAUGAAAUUAUCGGCAGGACAUUGGGAACGAUGUCGAACCGACCAAAAAUAUCGACGGCGGUUGUCAUAUAAAUGAUCGGCAUCCACGAGGUUAGGAAGGACACAGAGAUGAUGAAGAAAAGUUUCGCUACUUGUGCAUCAGAGGAGAUGUGUCUGCGUUUGUUGAUCUGUUUCAUUGUGCAAUCUAAUUUAUUUCUCGAUGCCAAGCCUUGCCUCACUGCCUUAAAAAUCCUAAUAUAGGCGAUUGUCAUAAAGAUGUACGGAGUGAUCACGCCAACGAAUUCCAAGCAAACAAGGUACACCAAGUGAAUUGUCUUUGAACGAUCAGCUCUCCAAAAUAACGGCAAUAAGCUGUAUAUGGUUGGAAAUAACCAUACAGUGAUAAUGGUCUUUUUGAAUAUCUCAGGUAUGCGGUAAGUGUAGUGCAGAGGCUUAGUAAUGGCAACGUAUCGAUCGUAAGUGAGUGCGCAUAUGUUAGCAACACCCCAGAGCAAGAUCAUACUUGACAAAUAGUCUACAACGGCGUGUGUUGGCCGCAUGAUCAGCACGGGAAAUAAAAUGCCUCCUGUAAGUAUGUCGGACACAGCAAGUGAAACAGUCAGCCAGUUUGUGUAUGUUCGUGGGACUCUGUUCAAGCAAACGAAACUAAUAACGAAGAGGUUCGCGGCAACGAUGAGAACGGAUAACACGGUAAGGGAAACUGUCACGCAGAGAUCCAUCUUUGAUUCUGUUGAGUUCAAGAAAAGGCUCCUUUUACUUUUGUUGGUUCCUCAAAUCUCCCUGAAUUACAUCGGAGCCGGUAAAUGGCUCACAGAGUUAACUUUAGGUUCAGUAGAAUUCCGCAGCCCAGUUGGUCAAGGAAGAAGAAUCUGACGGAAAUGGCACUGCACGCGAACAUUUGUAUAAUUUUUGUAAUGUGACGUUAUUUCUGUUACACAAAUGAAUCAAAUUUCUUCGUCAAUUGCCUAGGAAACGGUUAACAUCGUUAUCGUUACUGUCCCUUCAAUCAAAAGCUGCGCUAAACACCUGUAAACAGACUGCAUUGGUAAGAAAGGAAAGCAAGACAGGGAAAUUGUUUUCCAUGGCUUUACUAAGAAUUUUUUUCGUGACAAAUGUUUGAUUCUUAGACACCUGAAUUAAAAAAUAAUUGCCUCUGUAAUCAUCUCUCUGUUCCAUGCAUAUCUAUCUCUUUGUUAUUGAAACAAAUCAAAGGGCUCUUGGAGCUAGCUCAUUCAUGUUAUGGCUUAGGUUUGUAUCGAUUUCUUGGACUUGUUGAAUAUAGGUACAGUUGAUUUCGGUUUAUGUGAACUUUCAAGACUUGGAAUAAACUCUCUCUUAUUUUGAGCAGUUGUGUGAUCAAAAAAACUUGUGCAUUCGUCGUGAUGAGAAUUGGAAAAAAGGUUGUGUGGGCAGGAGGUAGGAUGGGCAGAGGUCAUUAAGCAGACAGUGUCCUUUUUGUUGGUGUGUGUGUUUGUGUAGUCACCAAACACAUGAGGGAUAAAACCACUAGAAAAGUAAACAAAUGGCUAGUCACGGAAGCAACCUUCUCGCUUUUCCCUUAUAAAAAUUCGCUGGUUCCUGAUGUACUAAGCCAAUAACAGUAUAGGGCACAUAUGGAAAAAUCAGUGUGUGUACACCCCUGAAAGUUUUAAAAUAUAUCAAGUCGUAGGAACAGUUUUGGUCUCGGUCUGCAUUUUUGUCAACAAAAUGAACACAUAUCGGUUAAAACGAUGAAACGUUCGUACCACGUGUAAAGCUGUCACUGAAUUGUUUCUCGAAUAUUGCGCGUAUCGAAUAUUCAAUAGUGACAUCUCCUUUACAUCUCCAUCUACAUCUACUUUUAUUAAGUUAGUAAAUUCUGUACCGACAUCUCAGCAACUAACUCGCGCGCAAAGUGAGAAGACUAUAUGAGGGCUUGAAAUUAUAUUAAGAACGAUUUUGAUCAAGAAACGGGCAAGGAAUACUCCACGAUAGUGCAAAUAAUCGUGAAAGAUGAUCGCGGAAAAGCGAUUGCGUGACUCUCGGUAAGUUAUAAAAUGACAUGUUAUCCACGUAUUUGACGAAAAAACAGUAUAAAUUCUCAGUUUGCAUUUUUUACCCAGUCUGCAGUCUGUAUUUUGUACCCGGUCUGCAGUCUGCAUUUUGUACUGACCGGAUUGGUAUUGCUGUUUUUGUUCGAGCGAGCCUCAAGUCCGGACCGAAAUGUGGGAGCUCGAAAAAGAAUUCUAGUGAGACUAUCUUGGCCGCUAUGAUUGCUAUGUGGAAUGUAUGUUGAAGAGCUCACGAGGAAAAGUACAAUGAUAUAGCAAUAAUUACUUUAUACUAACUGAAGACGAACGCAAAUGCGCGGCUUACCAAUAUGGCGACCUUUGAUGCUCUUUCGCGUGGUCACAACAUGUGUUGAAAUGAACCCGCUACGGGUCCCCUAGAUGUGAACAUUUCGGCUUCUCGAUUCAAGUUGCAUUUUAAGAAGUUCGGACAUGUGAUUUGAGGUUAUUAUUUUUAUUAAACCAUAUAAUCAUUUUAUUCCUUUCCACGUGAGUUUCGGAGCUUCAUCGAAAUUAAUUUUGAUUUUCACUAAUUGGGAAGGGGUAGCAUGCGAGACUACUUCCGUUCACGGUCCACAAUACAACUUCCUUCCACGGAAUACAACUUCCGUCAACAUCUGCUCUACCACGAUACAUCAUUCAUCGCUUUCAGCAUGAAUGAGCUAAAAACAGCAAACUGUACAAAACCUUGGUGCUAUCGCAUGAAAACGGUGAUCAAUCUCACUUAAUCGAUAUUACCUACAGAUUCAUUUCCAGAUCGACAGUUUUUUUUUUGCAAGCUUCUUAAAGGUUGUCAAAAGUUUGGUAAGGUUAGGGUUUUUUGUUUGAAUCUGCUGCCAGCGAGUUCAUGUCACAUGCCGUAUUGAUUUUAUGAAACCUGUAACUUUAGAUGGAAAGGUAGUUGACCCAGGAUUCCUCUCUGUGUUUCAUAAUUUUUUUAGAAAGUAAAUAGGCGGUCUUUUCCCAACAGCAAAGAAAGCAUUAUCAAAUUCAAAUGACGGUGUCAAAUGUGGUGAAGUAUUAAGUAAGUAUGCCAAUCACAAAUGAUGUAUUGCCAAAGUGCAAUAGAAUAUUUAUGAAUUAAAAAUCUGCUUCAUCACAAGAAUGAUUUGGUCGAGUAACACAAACCUGACGAACAUCUUCCGUGAAAAACUUGAUAUUUCUCCACGACAUUCCUUUUCUCAGAAUUGCUGUUUUUUCUUUAACAAAAGUGAAAACAUCUGUCACAUAAAGGAAAUCAACCAUUUUACAAACGAAGUGUGACUUUAAUGUUUCUUCGAAAUAUUAUAGUCGACGGAUUAUCAACGCAGUUAUCAAUGUGGGUCAGUAUAUUGUUCAAUUGCAAGUUUACUUCGAACUGUUUUCGAUUGUGCUUAAAUUUGAAUUUAUGUGAUAGAAAGCGCUUUGAAUUUUAUUGAGACUCUUAUUUGCACUACGUUUCCCAAAGGCCAUAUGUCACCGGCUGUUUCGUCAUUCUUUACGAUGUCGGCAAUUUCUUUUAAGGUUCAAAAGGAAAGAAAUCAUGACACAAACUGAAUAAAAACCUUUCCUGAUACAGUUGAGUUUAGCCGUGAAUCCACUACUAGCAAUGAAUUGACAAUUAGGUUUUUUGGCUGACAUGCACAUGGUUAUCUCCAAACUCUUGCCGUGCUCUAAUGGUUUUUUCUUCUUUUUUAUACGUGAUGAGUUAUCGCACUUUUUUUGAGAUGCGUAAUCAUUCUAUCAUUCUAUGCAAAGUUUGCCUAUAUAGUACAUCAUGGCUAAUGUUAAUUGAAACAUUGAAAGCAGUCUCCAUGUUUUUAUGCAUUGCGCUUUUUAAUAUUUUUUUUUACAGUCGAAGAAAGGUAUAAAGAUAAUCACUGGCGUGUAAAUCUAUCUUUCUUUGGCUCGAAGUGUCUAUAUGCUUCACUCAACCGACCUGCCCUCGAUUUUUGGUGAAGGUUGUUGUGGGGACUCUUCGCGACUUUUCGUGUCUCCUGUUUUCACUUGAUAACACCGUUUAGGUGUCACUGACAUCGCUAGCACUCGAUUGCUCUUUCCAAACAUAUUUCGUGUUACGACCCUGAAAUCCGGUUUGAGGAGGGCAUACACAAGGGGAUUUACCAGUGAAGCAAUAGCUAUUGUAUACAUUGAAAUAGUCGGCAGAACAUUUGGAACGAUGUCGGACCGACCAAAAACAUCAACGGCGGUUGUCAAAUAAAUGAUCGGCAUCCACGAGAGUAAGAAGACCACCGAAAUGAUAAGAAACAGUUUCGCCACUUGAGCAUCUGAGGAGAUGUUUCUGCGUUCGUUGACUUGCUUUCUCGCGUAAUCCAAAUUUUUUCUCAAUGCUAAGCUUUGCUUUACAUCCUUAAAAAUCCGUAAGUAGGCGAUUGUAAUGAAGAAGUAUGGAAUGAUCACCCCAGUUAAUUCUAAGCAAACAAGGUACACCAGGUGUAUUAUUUUUGAACGAUCAUCCCUCCAAAAUAACGGCAAUAAGCUGUAUAUGGUUGGAAAUAACCAUACAGUGAUAAUGGUCUUUUUGAAUAUCUCAGGUAUGCGGUAAGUGUAGUGUAGAGGCUUAGUAAUGGCAACGUAUCGAUCGUAAGUGAGUGCGCAUAUGUUAGCAACACCCCAGAGCAAGAUCAUACUUGACAAAUAGUCUACAACGGCGUGUGUUGGCCGCAUGAUCAGCAUGGGAAACAAAAUGCCUCCUGUAAGUAUGUCGGACACAGCAAGUGAAACAGUCAGCCAGUUUGUGUAUGUUCGUGGGACUCUGUUCAAGCAAACGAAACUAAUAACGAAGAGGUUCGCGGCAACGAUGAGAACGGAUAACACACCAAGGGAAACUUUUAUGUAGAGAUCCAUCCUUGAUUCUGUUGUGUUUCUUUGAACUUGAUAUCCUUGGAUAUCCUACAGAAGGCCUCUUUUCUUCUGCUGGUUCCUUUAACUUCCCUGGCUCAAGAAUAGUACCAGCAUGUGGCAUACACAGCCACAUUUAGGUUAAGUUGAAUACACGAAAAGUUUUCCGCAGCCCAAUUGGUCAAAGGUAGAAAAUCUGACAGAAAUGUCGCGACUGUGACACAAAUUAUUUCACUUACGUUGUCAAUUGCUUAGGAAACGGCUAAUAUUCCUUUUAUUCUUGUCACCUUAAGCAAAAGCUGCGCUUAACACCUGUAUCCUGAACGCAUUAGCCAGCACGGAAAUUGUUCUGCACGGUUUUAGCAGCAAGAAUUCUUGUCAGAGAAUAAACAGACGUGAUAGACACCAUGUCUAGACAUUGUUAUCAAAUGAUUGUAAUCUAAGUAUAAAAUUGGCAUUGUAAAAGAUGGCAGACAGAAUAGAAAGAGAUUGUUGAAGCGAAACGACUGCACGAGUGAAAAAGAAACAAAAUCAAGUGAAAGGUACAGUCCCCUCUUGUGUUUGAACACCAGCGCCGGGAUAAUUCCCGUACAAUUCUUGAAACUUCAAAUACAUCCUGAAAGGUAGAUAGUUCUAUGUAUUCAUUAAAACCCUAAGUUAAGAAUAAUCCUCAUCGUGUUCCAUGCAUACCUUCCCUUAAAACUGAAUCUAAAGAUAGGCAAACAAACACAAAGCAGGGGUUACACAUUCAACAUCACUGGAUCGAUCAUUUUCUUUGAAUUAAUUACCAGACCUGACAGUUUUUUUUUUGUUAAAUAAAAUUUAGGCUUAUCCGAGGGAGAACCGCUGAUCACCUCCGUCGUUAGAAUCUGCUGCCGGAAAGAACAAGUCUAUGCAAUAUUGGUUGUAUGGUGUCUGUAACUUCGGAGCGUUCCAUGUAUAAUUUUUUUUUGUCAAAUGGAAAAAGCGGUCCUUUUCCUAGCGCCAUGAUAGCAUUUCUUUGGCUUAAAUGUCGGUGUCAAAUGCGGCGGAGUAUUUUAAUAGGAACCUUAAAUAUUCAUGUAUCAGCCAGAAGGAUAUUUGAAACCUGGAGAGGACAACCUGGUUUGUACGCUUGAAAAAAAAGUCACUAUAUGGGUAGAUGCUGUCGCUACGAUGUUGGAACAAAGCCUUCCCGGUAUGCAUUCAGAAAAUUGGUGUCACUCAAACCAUAGCCAACUGCUAUCAACUCAUGUUUGUCUUUAAAUCCAUUUAAGGGCCCUCGUCAGUAACUUAAGCGAAUAGUUGGCUGUGGCUCGACGUUUUUCUUUUUUGCUCUUAUUUAACAAAAUUUGGAAGGUUGAUUUAAAAUGAGAGUGCAAACCAAAUUGAUUUGUCAGACACGUAACCUAAUCAAAAAAUGAACGGUUCCCCGAUGCUUACAGUAUUGUCUGUAGUUUGAGGUAAUCUGUCAAUCACAAUACACUCACGCGUGCAUUUUGCCUUUUCAUGAAAAUUAAAGUAAAAGUCGAACAAAAAUCGUGUCCUUUCAACCAGUCAAGGAAAAUUGUGUUUCUUUCGAUUCACGACAUAGAGAGGCAGUACAAAAUUUUGCAAGUUGGGAACGGUUGGUUUUUUCAUCCGCACCGAAAACAGAACAUUAUGGAGGUUUGAACGUUAAAUUAUUGGAACUAACAAUCGUAAUUGACAUCAACACACCGAAAUGGUUUCCUCAUUUUUUUGCAACAAGGUUUUUUUCUAUGCAUGCAAACGCCAACGUUUUAACAUUAUGACAACAGUGAAAGUGUGAAAACCUAAGCAGAAGUUACUGUUUGCAAAGCAACCCGAAAUAACUACGCCGUUGUGUCGAAUUAAAUUUCGACUGAUGGAAUUAAGUCCCAUUCCAUUUGACCAUCUGACCUUUGAAAAAAUUUGGCAUGAAAAUAUCAAUUACGUGUGUAGUAUGUUUUAAUAUUACCUUGAGCACAAGGCUACGUAUGGUGAAUCAUCAUAUUAAAUUCUAAUUAACGUUCAGCUGUACAAAUCCGCAUAAAAACAUGCCGGAAUUAGCAUACCUAAGAUAUUCAAAAGAACUUAGUUGCUGUGUAGUUAAUCCCAACAAAUACCAGCUUACUUCCUCUGUUCUGGGCAACAGAUCGUGCAUCAAUAUUCCACAAGUGGUACAUUGCGUGCCUGGAGGUGUUUGGCGUCGUCAUUCCGUACAUCGUCAUAAGCGUCGCUUAUAUUCUGAUUUUUAAGCAAGUGCGGCACAGUUUGGCGUUGAGGAAAAAAUUUGUAUCUGCGAUAAAACAGAUCAACGAACCAAGACGCAUUUCCCAAGAUGCUAAAGUGGCUAAAGUCUUCUGCAUCAUCUCAGCGGCAUUUUUAUUUUCGUGGAUGCCGAUCAUUUAUAUGACAGCCGCAGACAUUUUCUUCGGUCGUUUCGAUAUUGUACCGAGUGUCUUGCGCACAAUCUUAUACCACAUAAUAGCAGUUGCCUCCUUAGUUAAUCCCUUCGUGUAUGCUUUCCUAAAACCGGAUUUUAUAGUUGUUAUUCGCAACAUCUGCCGAAAGAGUAAACGAGAGGAAGCGAUAUCCAUGAAACCUCUACAGGCUUGUCAGGUGAAAAAAGAGACAGCCAGUGAGAGUUAGAGCUCCUGAAACGUUUUCCGCGUACUAGUGGUACGUAGACAUUAUAGAGACGAUUAUCCGCUCUGUUGCUCUUCUCCUUUGACCAAGAACUAAACGUAAUGGAAAAGGUGGUUACAGAUAAAAGACAAGUGACACAUUUUAACCAGAUAGAAAAGAAUUAUAUUCAGCAUGGCUUUGACAAGACAAGAAAACUGGAAAAAUGGAAAAAAAGAAGGGCACCUUCUAGAAGAGGGAGAGACAUCGUUAGAGUUUUAGAAACGAAAAAAUGUGUCAGCCAUCAAUAGUGUGUCCAUGAGAGCACCAGGCAGUCGUGCUACAUGCCAUUUCACCGAUUUCCAUGAAACUUAGCCAGUUUAAAGGGUCUACCUCAAACUCAAACAGACAAACUGAUUUCUGUUUUGAUAAUUUACGGGGGGAUAUAGACCAUCCCCCAGUUUUUCUUGGUUUUCACUAAGGAGAUCGCUUCAAAGUAGGUAAAAUGUGUGAAGCUCUCACUGAGAUGUUAUUUAACUGAGAAAUUUAACUCUCCUUAACUGAGAGUUUGCAUAAAUAUAGUGACAUCCUUAAUGAAUGUGCGACGCAAGCGACGGCUUGUCAAUCAACAGAGGCAAAUAAAUGGCUGUGUUCUCAGACUUUUUGAUUCAUCCAAAUAUUUGAUAACUUUGAGGUCAAAUAUCUCUCCUUACAAGAAAGCUACAACACUAAUCUAAAUUCCCCUUUAUAAACCAUCAUUUCAUCUCUGAAAACCAUCAAAAAAAUAUUUGGGCACUGCCGUAUUUUUGUCUUGGAUGCCUUUUAAAUGUGCGACUGUGACAAACUUCUAUCUGGCUCCAAGCGGUAACUUGAGGAAAUAAAUCUUUAUUUUAUAGCUCGUUAUACAUUAUGAUUGAUUGAGGAAGCUAAGAAAUGUGAAUAACUUUCGAGAUCUCUUGUAGGAAUGGAAAAUUUAAUGUGUGUAGGCGAAAUGUUGAUGGGAAAAUCGUAUUGUUUCUUUCAUCUGUCGUUUAUUACUUUGGAUAUUUGCCAAAAUCAGAAAACAUGGCUUUUGUACGGCACAGAACAUUCAUUAGUCUAUAAUUUGGUUGUUUAUUAUCAUUACCUCACAGUUCACAAUAAGAAAACUGUAAGCAUCCACGAUGCUUAUUAUGAAUAAAUGAUCUCCUGCUCUUUGCCUGGCCUCGGGCAAUUUCCCUUCCCAUGCAAUUGGCGUGCUACACAUGCAACAGUUAUUCUCUUGGAAUGGGUGGGUUGGAAUGGUUGGGUGGUACUUUUCGCUACAUCUCUCACUUCCGAAACGUAGAGCACAUGCUUUACACAAUCGAUAUAUAUCGGCAGCAGUUUCGUUUCCACUCAUUACCACGCCGACAUUCGCGGAAAUACAGCAAGAGCCGGGGAAUUUAUCGUUUCUAAACGGCAACAACAAAAUAGACGUCGAACAGGUUAAGCUUGUGAAGCAAAUAAAUUACAACUUCUCUUUAAAUUGAAAUUAGAUAGAGACACUCUUUGUGCAAUGGUAUAAUUGACAUUUCUUUUGACAGUUUAGAAGGCACAAAUUGUGACAGUGAUGUCUAUUAAAUUUCAAAGAAACACGAAAGUCGCAUUACCGUCGUAAUAUAAUUAUUAUCCUUUUUAGGACAGAUGUUUCCUUUUAAGUAAAGGAGAGCACUCAGUUUUAAAUCCUUCCGUGGAAAAAAAAUCAUAAUAUAUUUUUUGACUGGAGCGCAAAAAUUAGAAAAAAAAAAUUUUGAUGGAAAAAUAUUAGGUUUUCUUGAAAAAUAUGGUUAUUUAAUUUGACUGUUCUCAUGAUUAAGCUGCAUUUUAUUCAAAGAUAAUCAACUGCACUUCUGCAACACAUCAUGUGUGAUUAGCGUACGCACCACACACCCUCACACAUUUUUUUAGCGUACUUAGCAUACACCUUAAUUUAGAUUUGCUAAUGCUGUCUUUGCCGAAAGGAAAGGACCGCUCUUUCACUCUAUGGAAAAAUUAUGUAUGGAACACAGGAAUGAGAACUAAGUCGGUAACUCUUCUCCUUUUAACCGAUAUUGCAUGCGACAUGUACUCGCUGGCAGCAGAUUCUAACGACGAGAGGUAACGGUAAUUUUUGUUUUUUUUCUUUACGAAGCUUGCCAGGCGCAAGGGUCCCUUGAGUCAGCAUGAAUUGUUGUCAAUCAAAAACUGUCAAGUCUGGCAAGUACUCUGAAGGAAGUAGCAAUUAAAUGAGGUUGAUAUCCGUUUUUAAUGCGUUCGCACCUGGGUUUUGUACGUCAGUUUUGUAUCUUUUGUUUCAAUUCAAAGAGAUAGGUAUGAGUGGAACACAUAAGGAUAGGAAUUAUUUAAAAAAACAUUUGAGUAAGUGCAAGGCAGCGUUCGGAGAUAACCAGGUGCAUGUCAGUCAGAUAAACAGAAUUAUCGAACCAUUUAUAAUAAUGGACUCAUGACUGAACUCACUUGUAUCAUGGAAAGCUUUUAUUCAGUUUAUGCCAUGCUGUCUCCUUAACGAUUCUAAAACUUUGAAGAAAAGUGCUGAUAUCAUAAGGAAGGAAAAAGCAGCUGGUGACGUAUAGCCAUUUGAAAACGUCAAAAAGAACAACGUCGAAAUAAAAUUCAAAGUGCUUUGUAUCUCAUAAGUGAAACAGCACGUUUCAACUUUUAGUUUAACUUCAAAUGUUAUUUCGUGUCUUUGUUUGCUUUGGUUGGUUAGUAAACUGAAUGUUGAAUGUAUUAAAUUUUGCAACCUCCGUACUUUAGUCUUGAUGUGUCAUAGAUGGAAAGGGGUAGUUUUAUGUUUUAAUAUCAUCUCAAUCAUCAUCAUCAUCGUCGUCGUCGUCGUCGUCCUCGUCGUCGUCGUCGCAUUCAUUAGAUGAUGAAUCUGACAUUUCUUUGUUCCUCGCUUGUUACUAAUGUUCAGCAUCUUUACUCAACGACCGUCGUCGAAGUGUAGUAUGUGUUCGAGAUAUAUUGUAUUUAUCUUAAUUUAUUUCAAACGUAAAAGGUACUUUAAAGCGUUUGGUGAAUUGGCGUCCUUCUCGAUGCAUCAGAAGAGAAUGAAAAGGAGAGAAGAUUUUUCCAAUGCUUGCAUUGCAUUUUUUGGGUAGUCUCGUGCGGCAUGUCAUUCUUUAGUUGAGACUUGCCUUCUGUUUAAGCGCAAGCCAACAAAUGGUCUUGUUCUUUGAUUGUUCUGCUUUAAAAGACCUGACAGAAAUCGACUGUUGUUCAACGCAUCUGCUCGAACAUUUCUGAUAUAAAUUCCGAAGAGCCAUCUUGAAAUCAGGUUUUAGAAAAGCAUACAGCAGAGGAUUUGCUAGCGAACCCGCCGCCAUGGUGAAGAGCGAAACCGAGGAUAAGAUGUCUGGGACAACUUGAAUCCGUUUUACAAUAAAAGCUGUUGUCAUGUAAAGGAUUGGCAGCCAAGAGAACAAAAAGGCCAGAGACACAAUGCAGUAGAUUUUGGCUACCUUGGCAUCUGCGGAAAUGCGUCUGCGUUCGUUGAUUUGUCUUGAGACAGAUUUCAAGUUUUUCCUUAACGCUAAGCUUCUGCGCACUUGUCUGAAAAUUCUAAUGUAGGCUGCAGUUAUGAAGAUGUACGGAACGACGACACCAAGCAGCUCUAAGCACGCCAAGUAGACUCUAUGAGCUGUUUUUGAAUGAUCUGCGCCCCAAAUCAAAGGAACAGAGGCAUAUAUGGCCGAAACUUGCCAAAUAAUCGCAAUUCCUCUCUUGAAGAAUUUGGGAACGAGAUAAGAAUAUUCUAAAGGUUUCACUAUAGCAAUAAAACGAUCGCAAGUAACUGCCGAAAUGUUGAUAACACCUGAAAGUAAAAUCAUUGCGGUGAAGUAUCCUUCGACGACAUAAGAUGGUUUGAAUAGCGUCAUAGAAAAAAGCAGGCUGCCAGUCAGUAGGUCGGAGACAGCAAGGGACAUAAUCAACCAAUUUGUGUAUGUGCGAAGGGUUUUGUUGAAGCAAACCAGCGUGACAAUAACAGCAUUCGAGAGAACUAUAAGAACUGACAGAGCACCGAGAAUGAUGGUUAGAUAAAUACCUUCAGUUGUUUUUUCCAUGCGGUUUUUUUUCACUGAUAUGUUGAGCGAAAGUCGGUUUACACGGGUAGUUACUUUCACUUUGAAUUAGAUCUUUCUAAACUAAACGGAACCUUCGUGAAGUUGUACUAAUGCGUCGUAUUAGGUUAUUGGUUCCGCUGUAAGCGGAAUGAAUCUCUAACAAACCGGUAUUUUCGAUUUUUUCAUGUAUGUUUUAUUCUAAAUUUUCUGUCAAUGUAUGACAUUUAAAUGGAUUAAAAAGUAAACAUCAGUAGCGCGCGAAAUCGAUCAGUUCAAUUCAAUCGUAGUUUUCUGGUCAGUUUAUGGAAAAGUGUCGAAGUGAGAAAUUACAAGACGAAAACGAAAGCUCUUUAAUUAAUUUGAUUCAAUGGCAGUUUCUACAAACAGCAAAUACAAUUAAAAACCUGGAGGGAGCCUUUUUAGGGUCUGCAUCUAAUUUAAACUAUUGCAUCGAAUAAGAAUAGAAUUCAUUUCAAAAAGGUUUUUGUUUUGUCUUACAGUUAGAAAACUUACUGGGACCGAACUCUUAGACUGGAAAUAUUAAAUACAAAUUUUCAAAUUUUCGAGUGACUCAUGAAGUACCAGGAGUUCUUCUGUCUCUUAAUUACAAGUUCUUCACCACGCGUAAUAAAUAUAUGUUCUUGUCUUUUUAUUCGAAAACUUUGACUUUGUCUUGGAAACUGGAAAAUAUAAGCACUGCUUUUGUGCCUUCAUGAGCGGCAUUGUCACUCGCAACUUCCCCAAAGAAGUGUUCGACUUUUAUUUUUUGUGACAGCAAAUGUUCUUGUUUGGGGAAAUUGGGAACAGAGAAAAAAGGUUGUUCUUCUGUGCCGGAUGUUGAAUGACUUUUCGGAAGGCGCAGUUUAUAUGCAGGUGAUAACUGGGAGCUCUUGAAAUUUGUUUUCAGUGCAUGUAUCCAUUUUAAAGCACCACACAUCCUGUUCUGCGCAUAACAUCACCCAGAACUCCUUGCGAAUACGCGCACAUGCAAGCCGAUAACAGGGUGGAUUUUGAUUUUUAGCUGUACGGUGAUCUUUUGUUCUGAAGGACUAAAACUGCGACCUUGAAAACAACGAAUCGACGAGCGAUGUGAAUUUACGCCGUUUGAAAAUGUGUAUUCUUUUUCCAAUGUAUUUAUGUAUUACGUUGUUAGAUUUGCCAUUUUACCCAGAGUUGCACGUGCGAUAUAUUGCCCACUACAUCAGAAAAUUGUGGUAGGAAGACUUAAGGUGUAAUAUGCAAGACUAUGUUUUUUUACAGUUGUGUUCGGAAUUGUAUACUUGUAUACAAAUAUGUUCUUUAACCAAUGUGUCAACUUAAUUUUCUUUCAGGAUCUAGUAAAGAAAGCAGAAAUUGUGAAGGAAGUGCAGAGCAUUGUCCUGAAUAACGAGAAGUAAGUGGGUUUAUUCAAACUUUGAAUUAGGUAUUAUAGGCGGAAUAGGUGGAAAAACAAACCAUAGAAAGGGGGAAGUUAAGGAAGGCAGUCGGAAGGCAGUCGGAAGGCAGUCGGAAGGCAGUCGGAAGGCAGUCGGAAGGCAAGGAAGAAUGAGCAACGUUGGAAGGUCGCAAGGAAGAAAAGAAAGUAUGACGGGAAUAACUGUGAGAGGAGGACAGGAGAUUGGAAUUGAAUGACCUAGGAGUAAUGGGGGGGAUGUGGUGAUGGACAAGGAAGGGGAGGGGAGGAGUGAAGAAGAAAGGGAGAGAAAGUGGGGGAAUGUAAGUAUGGAUUGAGGGAUGGAGGAAUUAAGAACCAGAGGAAGGAAGUGGGAAGUGAAGACGGAGAGUGUGGAAUGAAGGGAUGGAUGGAUGAUAUGAAGGAGGAUAAGAAUGCGAAGUAAGGUAGGAGGGGAAGGAAGCGGAGUUUGGAAAGGAGCGAUGGAAAAAAAGGAAAGGGGGGAGAGAUGAAGAAGGGAGCGAGAAAGGUAAUCAGGAAUGUUUUGCCAGGGAAGAAUGCCGCAGUGUGUAUGGAGAAGGGGAGGAAGGUAUUGAACAAUGGGUAGAGAGGGAGGCAAGGAUGGAGUCCAGGAGGAGAAGGAGAAAGAGAAAGAGAAGGAGAGAACCUUUGAACAUUCGUUUUAUAAUAUCUUUAGAUCAAAGGAUGACAUAAGGGAUUGUGGCGGUGUUCAGGCGCUUUGUCGCCUGCUGAGUCUAAGCAGAGAUCCAUUGGUUCUUCAGCAUAUUCUAGCGAGUCUUGCAUCUCUUUCAUUUGAUAACGCAAGGUGAGUUUUUCUUACGAACGUAGUUGGGUUCGAUCGUGAUUUCGAUCUAAUGAAAUAUACGAAGUAUCUUUCAUUUUAGUAGUAUCAACUUUUUCGAGGUGCUGUUCAUUUUUAGUAACUGCGACGAAGUAACAAGCCAAGGUGGACUUCAAACAAUGUGCUAUUUGCUAGGAAAGGUACGAUCACGGGUUUGAAGCUAGUUAAAUCACUUUCCCAGUUAGCUAAGAUUCUAAAGUUAUUCAGUUAUCUUAUUCGAAGUGUAUAUCACCCUCUCUUGUAGUUAGUUACCGGUUAACACUCGCACAAUUGCAGGAACGGUAACUUCGGUUGCAGCGGACUGAACUUAAUUUUCUUCUUGUUUAUGACAAAAAUGUGAAACGCCACCAUCUUGAAGCUUUGUUAAGGGAAAAAGAAAGGAAAGAAAACUAUCUGGUUCGGUAGAAAACUGUUAUUACGCUUUACUUUAAGACGUUCCGCAUCAUAUCGUUGACAAUCCGACCAAGGCAGACUAUGUAAGCGAGCAAACACAGCCCUCUUAAUUAGAUGGUACUAUCUCGAGAAUUUAUUAGCUUGUGACCAAAAGGAGGUUUCUCUUUCCGGCGUCAAUAUAUCUUCUAGCAGAUAGGUGACGAAGAAAAAGAAAGAUAUGAUACGUGGAACGUUGUUUGAUUUAAAACUAAACCCUUAGAGCUUGAAUCAUGGGAAAUGUAUGGCAGACAGUAAAGAGAAUUGAUUUAGUCCUGUUAGUUGUGAGAUUCCAACGUGUCGUUUUUCUUCGUUCUCUGUUUUAAUCUGUCUUGUCAAGACAAAAAACAGCGUUAUCCAAGAAAGCAUAGCUUGGGCUUUGAAGAACCUGGCAACCACAGAAAGGUAAAUUUAUUGCUUAUUUUCAUAUAUAAGAAUGCUAUUGGACAGUAUCCGGAAUCAUGCGUUUUUUUUUAAGUGUUUUACUUGUUUCAAUUGACGUUUUGAAACUUCUUCUAUCCUUCAACAGAAAUCAAAAUGAGGCAAGAACUCGAGGAGGGCUCCAGGCUUUUUGUGAACUUUUAAGAACCACCAUGGAUGACAAAGUUAGUUUGCUUUCUUUUGGCUCCUCGCGAGCAGUGCUCUACUUUUCUUUGCGCUAGCGUUGUUUAAAGACAUUCGCACGAUUUGAGUGGUGUGGAGUGAAAAAUGAUGACCGGUCACGAAACCAGUCAUAUUAUAGGAUUUUUUUCAAUUCUGCCCGCUCACGUGCAGUGAAAUAAAAACGUUACAUGUAUGUCGUGUUAUUUUUCUUCUUAAAGAGAUUGGAGCGGGCAGACUGGGGAUUCAAAAUUCCUGACCUCCUCCCCGAACAUGAUGCGAUGAGACUUCGAUUUCAAGUCUAUGUCACUCUUUGGCAUUUCGGUGGACAUGGCGGAAAAUUUAGCGUUUUUUCCUUUACCUGUUAUGACUGUUUUGUGAGUGUUACUUUGGAAAGGAGUCAUAAAAGGGAUAGCAGGAAUUGUUCUCCAAAACGAAUUGAUAAAGGAAAGAGCAAAAUGGUUUGUAAUAUGGGUUGGGGAAAGGAAUUGGAAGGGCUCGUAAAUAACCUGGGUUUUGAGAAUACGUGCUGCCAUUUUCCUGGCAGGUCUUGGAGAGAGUGACGUGGGCUAUUGGAUCUCUUGUAGAUGACAACACCAGGUAAAAAAGUUUUCCAACCAUUGAUUUAAGUUGAUGAAUGAAAGAUACCAGUCCUCAUGUUAUUGGUGUGUCCUUGCCUUUUUUGAUAGCUCAUUGUACAGAAUGCCUGAACAUUAUUAGUUAUUCAUGAGCACUAAAGCGGGAAAUUUUGAAUGCAAACGCGCCUUGAAAGACCAAAAUAAGAGAAGAAAGGGCCAAAACAAGCGAUCCACGAAGACCAACUUUUAGAAGCUUUGCUGCUAAUAUUACAGAUCGAUAAUUUUUCGCCACAGCAAUUAAAUGUCUCUAGAACAAUAAACAUUCUUCGCGAUAAAUAAUUUGAUGGGUGGGGGGGAGAGAUUGCGCUAUCGAUUGUCUUUUUAUGCGGUCCUUGCAAUGUAUCUUCUUACUUUUCUGAGAAUGUUUUCCGCCAUAUAGGUUGUGGAGAUUUCACACAUCUAGGUCUUUUGAAUUCAAGGUAAUCGUGACACAAAUUGACAACGAAUUUUUCAAAUUUCAAAUACACGCACAGCAAAAUGACAUGAGCAAUACCUGCCUCAUCUUAUAGAUAACUUUAAUGGUUGUUAUUUGUUCCACAGUGAUUGUCAAUGAUGGUAAGAUAUUUUGCGUUUCCACAGAAACUGUCAAGCCGUGCGGGAUUGUGGUGGCCUGAAAACAAUGUGUGAAUUGGUCUCACUGACUUACAGCGAAAAUGUUUUAGAGCGCACAAUGUGGGCGCUAGGAAACUUAGCUAUCGACAAUAAGUAAGUCGAUCCUUUUUUUUCUUGUUUUAUUGUUUGAUAACUCAGUCUUAAUUGAUUGCUGAUAGUAAUACAGGGUUAGAUUGGUUCAAACUCUCCUUUGUAGUAUAAUUGGUCGUGAAAUCUCGCGCCAACGUCAACCAAUCAGAUGCAAAGGAAAACGAGUCGAGUGCUCGUCACCCGCGUUUUCCCGCUUUUCAGUUAGUUAGGUUGCUUUUACAUUGAUUCCUCGUUUGCAUUUCGUGGUAGGUGUUUACCAUUGUUCUCUCUGGCCAUUUAUGUCUAUCGAAAUGCGCUUAAUUUUCAAUCAUGAAAAUGGAACGCAAUGCUAAGGUUCAAUGAUGCCAGAUGCUCUGUUUAUUUCUUAUUUUUCUCAAUGCCAUCGUUAUUGUUUAUUUUUUAUCUAUUUGUUUUUGUUGUCUUAUUUAGGAAUCGCAAUUUCAUUCGACAAUAUGGAGGCCUUGAGAACAUUUGCAAAAAGCUGCAAGAAUCAACCUCACAGCAGGUGGGAUCAUAAAUAUGAGCAGAGGGACCAAACAUUGAAAUGAGUACUGCUAUGCAGACAUGUUGGCUUUGGUCAAAAUUGAAAAUUUCCUCAGAUAAAUUUGUCUGCGUAUAUGUCCCUUCUGUAUUCUCGGAGCUCAUAGUUUUCAUGUAAACUUCGCCUCGGCAGUGUUAGACCACUCUCAGCAGUAUUAAGCCAAUCACGCAAAGUUAACAGCUCUCCCUCUGAACAAAAGGUCAUUGUAAACUUUUUUCUUACCAGAUCAUAAAGCAAGGUGCCCUGACGCUUAAAACUCUGGCGAGUAGUAAUCAACACAAUAAGGAUGUUAUGGUCAGACUGGGGAUGAUUGGUACACUUCGAAGGUUUGUAACGCAGUGUUCUCACUGGGGGACUCAGCUUCUUCCUUGCUCCACGUUCUUGACAAUGUACUUUUCAACAAUUUUGUGUCUUUUCUUUUUAGUUUAAUGACAAAUGAGCAGCAGAGUUUAGGUAUCAUUCCUCGCCGUGUGUGUGGCGAUCUACUGCAGCGUCUUCUUGGCUCAGCAGCUGGAAACAUCCAUACAACAAGCUCAACCGCUACAGCACCUGACGAUAGAACCGAAGAAUGUGCGAUCGCUUCUGGCAUAAUCGUAAAGCAAGAACCUGAGACGAGAUCAGUCAAUGGUCUGGUGCAGAAUGGUGAUAUUGACAGUGAAGAUGACGAUGACUUACCCCCUCUGGGUGGGGAGGACAGUGACGAGAAAAAUGAGAGGAUUCCGUCUGCGAUGAUCACACCAGCCCCAAAUACUUCUGAGAACCUCUCCCCGAGGGAAAAUUUCUCUCGGUCGGAGACGCAAGGAAUUGCUGCAGCUAGGUCUACUGUAAGCGUUAGAAAUCACGUUGGGCCUCGUGCAGAAGAGAAUGAUUUAGACCCAUUUAGGUGAGCUGGUUUUAAAAAUUGUAAUUGUAUGAAGACUGUUUUUGAAUGAGAACAAAGCUUUGGACGUCGGGAUUGAAGAAUCCAUGUUUGGGCUGGGGUCUCCAGUUACCGACUUUCUGAACCUUCCCCCCCUCUUUAGUGAGCACCGCUCCCCCCUUCCCAUCCCCUGGGAAAAAACUGUAACAUUAAAACACUACUGGCAAUCAAUCAAAAUAUCAAUGCUGUAGCCAUGGUUAGACCGCAGUAAUGUUCUUCACUUGGGUUGGGUAGCGUGUCAGUUCCAAAUUUUUUUACAAUUUCAAGCAUGUACCAGUUUCCGUUUGAGACAUUGGUAGGUUUAAUGAACAGAUAAAUACAAAUUGCAUGCGUUUGCAUUUAGGCGUGAGUGGAAACCUGGAGGAGUAAUACACCCCGGAGGCUUAUUAAAUGUAUUGUGUGUGAUGUUUUAGGACAUACUGAAUUUUGUUUCAAUAUUAUGUUCAGCGUCAACUGUUUCGUUUUCGGUCGCGGAGGACACACAGUCUGUAAAAGGUGGCCCUUAUCCUACAAUCAGUUGUCACAUAAUUUUUGAAGAGUCCAAUUUAUGUGUAGAGUAACACUUCUGUUUCCUACAAUCAGUUGUCACAUCAUGUUUGAAGAGUCCUAUCUAUGUGUAGAAUAACACUCUUGUUUUUAUCACGCUAGAAAUUACUGACAAGACCUCCCUUCCUCUAUUCAAUGUUGCCUGUAUGAAGCUAACGGUUCAUGGAAUCACGACACAACAUUUUUAUGAAGGGGAGGGGGAGGGGGCGGCGAAUAGGUAAACUUAACUAGGGCAAAAGAGACAAAAUUGAAGUAAGAGGGUCUUGAAAAGGUCAAUGUGUCAGCAAUUUUGUCGCCAAUUGUAGGUCUAGACCAUCGCAAUGUUCACAUCCACCCCAUGAAAAUAACUUGGUAUUGGCAGAUAAACAAGGUAACCUGACCGAUCUUGGAGUAUGGGAAGGGGAAAAACUUCUGAUUGUUCUAACAUCUCACACGUGGGUAGGAAAACUGCUCUUAACUCGCUUAAAUAUACAUAAGUAAGAAUCCUUUUAACAAUUUGAAAUUAGUAUUUUCUUGCCCCUAUUUAAAACCAUGAUGAUUUAUAUAUUUUCCAGCGUGCACCCGAAAACAGUGUGGUCACAAACGAGAGAACUGGUGCGAGUUUGUGUGAAGCUGCGUGGAGUGGAGAGACAGCAGACCGAGAUAACUGCGAGCAGGCUCAAGUUUAGGUAAGUUUGGCAGCAUUUGAGUUUCUUCAUUCAAAAUCAUCUCCCUCGAAGAUGACUCUUCGAUUAGUCCACCUUAAGCAAAUAGUCACGAAAGACAAGGAACGUCUUUGAAGAGAGAAUUUUAUAAUUGGGUCAAAACUACAUUUUCACAGGUUGUUUUUUUACUGUAAUAUUCGAAUCCUCAGGGGACAUUCUAAUAUUGUUAUGUCGCGCACAUAUCCCAACUUACCAUGCACACUUGUUGAUCCCAGCAAUAUGCAGUUCGCCUGUCAUAUGCGAACUUAGUAAAUGACCAAGCAUGCUUCCGAGUAUUUUUGAAUGCAAGAGUGGAGCAUUCCACCGUGAAUUCCGACGUUCUGAGCAGGGUUUAACGAAAGCCGAUUACAGGCGAUCUACCGCCGCUCAAACGACUUCUCAUCGCCGUGUGUUUCAGUAACUUACGAGAAGGUUCUCGUGUGUGGGUUUCUCCUUAGGGGGCAGCCGCCUGUUACACCAUCGGCCGCCGUUUAUGGAAAAGGUUCUUGAAACCCGUAGGAGGUUCGACCCCCACACGAGGUGGUGACAAAUGGGAAAUUUUUUUAAUAAACAAACUCAAAGUUUUCCCACUUCGUAACCCUGUGAUAAUGCAUUUUGGUUGUGUCUUUGUAUGUUUUUGUUGUGAUAUGAUUAAUGUUUUCUUUCACUAGUACACAGCUAAGACACGUAGUUUAUGAACUGGACAUGGAGCUAUUAGAGGAGAUUGAUCCUGAGGUAGGUCUGAGGUCUUUUCGUUGACAGUCUCUCUGUUUUCAAUUUGCGGUGUUGUUAAUUCUGUUCUCUCGCUGGAUGAUUGCAGCAAAGUACUGUAAUUGUCAAGGGCUCGGAGGUACAAAUUUUACUCAAGAAAAGAAACCAUGCCGUGUGGACGCGGUUGUUGAAGAGCAAAGAAAAGGUAACAUAUACAGUGGAACAUGUAGUUUGUUCUUAGUCAACAUGGAUUGACCCUCAUAGUUUCUCUUCUUUCUUUCUGUUCGUUUAUUGACUUGCUUUUUGUUUGUUUGAUUUCUUUCAGUUGCCUUACGUCUCCAUUGACUUUGAUCGUUGGGAAGUAUGGUCGUCAUCGGAGGAGGACGAAACCGAAGAUGAUGUAAACUUCCGAGCAGCGCCGACGAACCCGGAAAAUUCCCAUCACACCUCAGAGGAUAGUAGAGAAGGAAGGAAACUGGUAUUAUUGCCUGAAAUGCUUGUCAGUGGUUCGGAGUCCGAUACUGAUGAAACCUUGCCAUCUGAUGUGGAUUGCUUAAAAUUCUAUUAGCCAAAACACUGAGAAAAAAUGUGUUAUCGUUAGAAUGUGACAGUUUUUUGACAGGUGAUCAACUCUUUCAAGAAAUGGAUUAGUAAAGAACGUCACAUGACUAGUCACUAGUAUUUGUUAUGUUACAUGAAAGAAAGUCAAGUUAAAUAUUGAAAUCGAAGUGAAAGUUUUCUUUAUUUAGAUAGCAUUAUUUACGG